AUGAGCGCAGACCAGCUGACCGUAUGUCCGAGUACAGUCAUCAAAACAUCAGAGGAGUAUCAGAACAACUUGGCCGCAUGGGAAGGUCUGCUCGAGGAAUUGCGCGUCAAUACAGAGGCAACGCGCCAGCAGGGAUCAGAGUCCUACAAAGACCGACAUAUAGGCCGUGGUAUGCUCUUGGCCCGGGACCGUAUCAAUCUCUUACUAGAUGAAGAGGCGCAGUUCUUGGAGCUGCUGCCAUUCAAGGGCUUCCAAGAAGACGCAGGACAAGACACGACAUGCGCAAACCUGGUGACGGGCAUUGGCACCGUCGCAGGCAUUCAAUGCAUGAUUGUCGCGCAUUUACCUACCAUCAAUGGCGGUGCCUGGUCAAAGAGCAUGAUCGCUAAACAGUUUCGCAUCAUGGAGAUUGCAACAGAGAACAGCCUACCCGUCAUUGCACUAGUACAAUCGGCCGGUGUCUUCUUGCCCAACCAAUUUGAGAUCUUUCACCCAGGAGGCAAGAUCUUCCGUGAUCUAGUGACACACUCACUGGCUGGCAAUUCAUCAUGCUCAAUCGUGUUUGGCUCCGGCACCGCUGGAGGCGCCUACCAGCCGGGUUUGUCCUCCCACACCAUCUUCGUCGACAAGCAAGCUCAAGUCUUCCUCGGCGGACCGCCCCUUGUUGAGAUGGCGACUGGCGAGAAAAUCACAGCGGAGGCCCUUGGUGGUGCAGAGAUGCAUUCGAAGGUAUCAGGCUUGAGUGACCAACUUGCAGAUGAUGAGUUUGACGGCAUUGCCAAGGCUCGCGAAUGGUGUCUGAUGCUUCAAACAACCAAAAUCAACAUGCCUCUCAAGCCUGUUGCGCCCUAUCUUCCGCCUCGUCACGACCCGGAGGAGCUUCUGGGCCUGGUCAGCACCAACCUCAAGGUGCCUUUCGAUAUUGUGCAAGUCUUUGCUCGGAUUGUCGAUGACUCGCGUAUGACGCUCUUCAAACCACUGUAUGGUGUCAACUUGCCAUGUGCCUUUGCAGAACUUCAGGGACACAAGGUUGGUAUUAUUGGCAACAACAAUGGAGUCAUUCAUCUGGCAGAGUCGCUCAAGGGCACGCAAUUCAUCCAUCUCUGCAAUCAACGUUCUAUUCCCAUUAUCUUCAUGCACAAUGUUACUGGAUUCAUGGUCGGUUCAAAGUCUGAAUCUUCAGGUCUGAUUAAAGCAGGAUCUCGCUUCGUUGCCGCCAUUGUAGCGUCUCGCGUGCCUCACAUCAGUGUUGUCUGUGGCGCAAGCUACGGUGCAGGCAAUUACGCCAUGUGUGGUCGCUCCUAUAAUCCACGCUUCUUGUUGUCAUGGCCCAAUAGUCGCUGCUCGGUGAUGGGCUCCUCGCAGCUCGCGGGUGUCUUGUCCUCUAUUGCGCGUUCAAGUGCAGCUUCACGCGGCAACAAAAUUGACGAGUCGGAGGUACUCAAGCGCGAAGAGGUCUUUAGACAAGGUGUCGAACGCGAUUCAAAUGUCUACAGAACGUCAGCGAGUGGAUUGGACGAUGGCAUCAUUGACCCACGCGACACGCGCGAGGUACUCGGUCUUUGUCUGGAUGUGUGCAAACGACCUGGUGUCAAGGGGUGGGAAGGUAUGAUGGGCGCGAGCCGGAUGUAG